CCUCCUCCUCCUCCUCAGACCCCCACUUCCCUCUCUCUCUCUCUCUCUCUCUCUCCCCCACAACCCCCAAAACCCCUCCCCUUUCUUUCUUCAAUUUCGGAGUAGUGAACUCCCACGCUCGCCGCACGAACGCACAGCGCAGUUUCAAUGUCUAAUUCCGAGGCCCCGAAUAACGAGCUCUCCAAUGGAGCAGCAGCUAUGAUGAUGGAAAGACAGCAGCAGCAGCAACCGACCCAGCAACAGACGGCGGCAUCUAACGGCGUCUUGGCCGUCAAGAAGCCGCCGUCAAAGGACCGACACAGCAAGGUCGACGGCCGGGGCCGACGCAUCCGCAUGCCCAUCAUCUGCGCCGCACGUGUCUUCCAGCUCACACGUGAGCUCGGCCACAAGUCCGAUGGCCAGACCAUCGAGUGGCUCCUCCGCCAGGCCGAGCCCUCCAUCAUCGCCGCCACCGGCACCGGCACCACUCCCGCUAGCUUCUCCACCGUCUCCGUCUCCCUCCGCGGCGGAGCCUCCUCCGGCGCCGCCUCCCUCUCCAACUCCUCCACUACUUCCUCCAACGACCACAAGCCCCUCCUCGGCGGCCCCACCCCCUUCAUCCUCGGCAAGCGCAUGCGCGCCGACGACGACGCCAAGGACGCCGACGCCCACCACGGCGCCACCGACGGAGCAGGACCAGGAGCAGUCUCGGUCGUCGGUCACCACUCCAUGAGCUCCAUGCUGGGCUCCGCCGCCCAGGGAGGGUUCUGGGCGCCUCACUACGGACAAGUCUGGAGCUUCGCCACCACGCCUCCGCCGGAAAUGAUGACUCAGCAGCAGUCGGUCUCCCAACAGCAUUCUUUGUUCUUGCCGCAGCAGCCGAUGGGGGAAGCCUCGGCGGCAAGAGUGGGAAAUUACCUUCCGGGACAUCUCAAUUUGUUGGCUUCUUUGUCGGGCGGGCACGGCAAUUCGGGUCGGAGAGAAGACGACCAGCGUUAAUUUGACCCGAUUGCUACCGCUGGUGGUGCUUUGCUGGUAUAUAUAAAUAUGUGUUCGUUUUGUUCCUGCUCUUGUUUUUGUGUGUUUUAGGGAGAAGUGAGUGAGUAAUUUUUUUUUUUUUUUUCUUCUCUUUGUUUUAGUGGAUUUUUAAGGGUUAGGAUUUAACUAAGCUUUGGCUGGAAGAAGAAUAAUGGAUGGUUUGUGCAGUGCAAAUUUGUGAAUUUUAAGCAUGGAUUCAAAUUAGAGGAGUCUUUUAGAGUUCAUAUUGCUUUAGGAUUUGGGGGGUUUUGUUGGAGGUGGCAGAAAAAAUCAAGAAGAAUUAGGGUUUUAGAAGAUGGGGCUUUUGCUGCUGUAAUUGUAAGGGCUUUCCAGACUUUUAAUUUUAUCAAACUAUUUAUUUCAAUGUA